AAUUGCAGAUUGAGUACCGUCUACAGUGGGGAUAAUUACUGUUACCACUAUUGCUGUUCCGACAGUCGCUUCUACAACUUAUUUUUGUUACUAUCCUGACUGCUUUCCUUUAUCUCUCUGUUCCAAUUUGUUCCGUAAGAACUAAGAAGAGAGGCAUAUUAUUAUCACUGACUCAUCGUAUUUAUUGUUUUCAUUGGAUACAAACACCUUUAAUAAUAACCAUUUCUUAUCAUAAAGGCAGCAUAACGUACUAUCAUUUUAUCGAUACAUUUAUACGGCAUCUACCAAAUAAUCUGAAAUAACGGGAAGCGAGAGAAACAUUGAAGAAGGAACGAAAUAGAAAAGACGGUUCGGUAUGAGCGAAUUGGAUCAGCUCAGGCAAGAAGCCGAACAGCUCAAAAGUCAAAUCAGGGAAGCUCGUAAAGCUGCUAGUGACACGACGUUGGCUUCUGUGGCCGCCAAUCUAGAACCAAUUGGACGGAUCCAGAUGCGUACGCGACGGACACUGCGAGGACAUUUGGCUAAAAUUUAUGCAAUGCAUUGGGCAUCUGACUCUCGAAAUCUUGUCUCCGCCUCACAGGAUGGCAAAUUGAUAGUUUGGGACUCUUAUACUACAAACAAGGUUCAUGCAAUCCCGUUACGAUCGUCGUGGGUGAUGACAUGUGCAUAUGCGCCAUCCGGUUCUUAUGUUGCUUGUGGUGGUCUCGAUAAUAUUUGUAGCAUUUACUCACUAAAAACACGCGAAGGUAAUGUGCGUGUUUCGCGUGAAUUACCAGGUCAUACGGGUUAUCUGUCAUGCUGUAGGUUCCUCGACGACAAUCAAAUUGUUACCUCGAGUGGUGAUAUGACAUGCGCUUUGUGGGAUAUCGAAACUGGGCAGCAAGUAACCGCUUUCACAGGUCACACGGGUGAUGUGAUGUCGCUGUCUCUCUCACCUGAUAUGCGCACGUUCAUAUCAGGCGCGUGUGAUGCAUCCGCUAAACUUUGGGAUAUCCGUGAUGGGAUGUGCAAGCAGACGUUCCCUGGACACGAAAGUGAUAUCAAUGCUGUUGCCUAUUUCCCUUCGGGGCAUGCCUUUGCCACUGGCUCAGAUGAUGCAACCUGCCGACUGUUUGAUAUAAGAGCUGAUCAGGAAUUAGCCAUGUAUUCUCACGACAAUAUUAUAUGUGGAAUUACCAGCGUAGCAUUUUCGAAGUCCGGCCGAUUAUUAUUCGCAGGUUAUGAUGAUUUCAAUUGCAAUGUAUGGGAUUCAAUGCGACAAGAAAGAGCUGGUGUAUUAGCCGGUCAUGACAAUCGCGUGUCCUGUUUAGGAGUUACAGAAGACGGAAUGGCCGUGUGCACCGGUUCAUGGGAUAGUUUCUUAAAGAUAUGGAACUAGGGUAAAACAUGAAAGUUAACCACAUUAUAUCACAUCUUUUUUACCACUAAAUUCGUUUUAUGUUUCUGUUUCUUUGACAAGUAACAGGCUCAUCCACAC